UCCAAAAGCUGUCAAGUUGUGCUCAUUUUUUAGAGUAUAAAGGCUUGUUUGGUUAUCUUGCAUGCUGGGAAGCUGAAAAUGAGAUACCUGUGAGAUUUGAACUUUGGGUUAUGAAGAACGGAUCAUGGACAAUGGAAUCUGUUUUCCAUACAUGUGGGGUUUCAAGGCCGUUACGGUUUUCGAGAAACGGUGAGCUAUUGUAUUUUUUAAGCGUGAAUGAUGAAGUGCUCGUGUUUGAUCGUGCCACUGGAAAGUUGAAUCAUCCCGGUAUCAAUUUUUGUUGGUCUAUAGCACAGCUAACUCCAUUUGUUGAGAGCUUUGUUCAACUGAAUGGAAUUUCACAUGCUGAGACUGAGGAUCUGGAGAAAGAAGAAGAAGGAUACAUAAUUGAAGCAACUGAGGGACCAUUGAUGCAAGUGUAGUUUGAUAAUCUAGCUUGUUAUAUCUUCCCUAUUUAUUAGAUUCAUAGCGUAUUUUGAGAUAUGAUUAGCUUGUUAGCUUGGUAUCUUCCCUAAUUAUCCACUUUGCGUGGAUAAAAAUAUUAUAUUAGCGUAUUUUGAGAUGAUGGUGCAUACUUAGAGACCAUUGAUGCAAGUGUAGUUUGAUAAUUCUAGCUUGUUAUCUUCCCUAUUUAUUAGAUAUAUAUUAGCGUAUUUUGAGAUAUGAUUAGCUUGUUAGCUUGGUAUCUUCCCUAAUUAUCCACUUUGCCUGGAUAAAAAUAUUAUAUUAGCGUGUUUUGAGAUGAUGGUGGCGGUAUGCUGAGAAUUUUCUGAUUUUAAUUUGUUGUU